AUGUACUCAAAAUUCUGGCCCAAGGGCGGUCUGCCAGGCAUUCUACACCACUACACAGAAACCCUCGUCACAUUCGAAUACACCACAACCACCACCCGCAAACCACACAGUCUCCUCUUCGUCGGCGGUCUCGGCGAUGGCCUAGCAACAACAUCCUACCUGGCGGAUCUCGCUCACGCCCUCCAACCAACGGAAUGGUCCCUCUUCACCCUGACCCUGACCUCCUCCUAUCAAUCCUGGGGACUGGGACACCUCGACCGAGACACCAACGAGAUCGCACAGUGUCUGAAGUACAUCAAGGAGUACAAGGCAGAUAAAUUCGGCGGCAGCGCCAGCGGCGGGAAGAUCGUCCUCAUGGGCCAUUCAACAGGCAGCCAGUGCGUACUGCACUACCUGUCCCGACCAAAUCCGCACACGCACACCCCCGCCUUCGACCCCUCCCUCGAGCAUAUCGAGCGAAUGCCGCUCGACGGGGCGAUAAUGCAGGCCCCUGUGUCGGAUCGGGAAGCGAUCCAGUGGGUUCUUGCCGAGGGGCUGGGAGAUAGGACGCCGGCGGAGAUCCGGCCUGUGUUUGAGAAGUUGACUAUCAUGGCGAGGGAGGCUGCUCGCGACGCGGAGGCUGGCACUGAUGUUCUGCUGCCGUUGGCGAUGACUUCGCUGGUAUACCCGGCUCAUACGCCGCUGAGUGCGCGGCGGUUCCUGAGUCUGACGAGUCCUGAGAGUCCGCUGUCGCCGAGUGAGGAUGAUUUGUUUAGUUCGGAUCUGAGCGAUGAGCAGUUGGGGAAGACGUUCGGGAUGAUUAGAGAGCAAGGGCUGCUGAGGGGGAAACUGAUGGUGUUGUUUUCUGGGGCGGACCAGUCGGUUCCUGCCUGGGUUGACAAGGAGGGGUUACUGUCUAGGUGGGGAAAGGCCACAGAUCAUAAUGGGGAAGCCGAGAUAUGGGACGAAAACAGUGGUAUAAUACCGAAUGCGUCUCAUGCGUUGAGUAAUGAUGAUCAGGCUGAACCUCGGAACUUUCUGGUUGACAAGGUACUGAGAUAUCUUUCGACUGUAGUGAAAGCUUAG